ACAACGGAAUGCAGAGGGAGGCAAAUAAUGAAUAAUUUUACGAAGUCUAAAUUGGGUGUAUUGCUGUUACUUAUAACCAUCAUUUGUCUCUCUGUCCAGAACAUUUAUUUGAGACAAAAUCAAAUAAACAGAAAUGAAAAUUUCUCUCUGCAGAAGAAUAACCAAAAUGAGAUUCCAUACCACUCGACCUCAGUAUUUCUCCACAAUGAUACGAAAGAAAGAAUGCUUACAAAACAUGUUGACGUUUUGAAAAUAUAUACAACGAAGUCUACAUUUGUUCGCAAUGCACAUGCUUACACCGCAGGGAAUAAGUCCAUUGCAUGCAUGACAUUUAAUGGGAGGAUAGGGAAUCUCAUGUUUAAAUAUGCCUUUCUCCACGUUAUGUCCAAAAUUAAGAACUUAUAUCCUAUAUUUCCCGAAGAUUUUGAGUUGUCUAGAUAUUUCAAUUUACCUCAAUAUGAAUCUCAAGAGCAGAGUGCAAGAAGACAAGAAUGCAACACAGUUGUUCGUGAAGCUGAACGAUGGCCGUGUUCUUAUGAUGAGAAAUUUUUCAAACUCUCCAAGAAUAAAAGAGUUUAUUUUCAUGGAUAUUUUCAGUCGUGGAAGUAUUGGAGGCAAUAUGAAGAUGAAAUCAGGGAACUUUUCACAUUCAAGACCGAUAUUCAGGACGAAGCUCAGGAAAAACUAUCCGCUAUUUUAUAUGAAAUGGGAUUCAAAGACACGUCAGAGGAUGUCGUUAUUGGUAUUCACUCGAGAAGAGGCGAUUACGUGUCCAAACCUGCCAAAAAUUAUGGCUACAUCACACCAAAUGAAACGUAUUAUCUCAAUGCUAUGACAUAUUUUAGGGAAAGAUUUAAAACAAAGAGAGUUUUCUUUAUUGUUGCUUCAAAUGAGAUUGAAUGGUUAAAACAAAAACUUCAUGAGGAAGAAAAUAUUUCUUUCCUGCAUGACAAUGCUCCAAUUAUUGAUAUGGCUAUCUUAUCUUUGUGUAAUCACGUGAUUAUGUCAUCCGGGACGUUUGGUUGGUGGGCGGGGUGGAUGACACGUGGUACAGUUGUGUAUUAUAACCAUCUAUAUACCCCUGGCUCUUUAUUUUCCAGUGCCUUUCGAGGUGGUGACACUUCUGAUUUUAUUUAUCCUGGUUGGGUCGGCUUAAUGUAAUAUAUUUUUAUGAAGCUGAAUGCAUGUAAAC